AUGACACUUCACGAACCAACACUUGAGCAGAUAAAUCAUCCGAAACAUAAUAGAAAACAUAGCAAAUUCCAUCAAGAACCCUACUACAUUCUCGACAAUCACAUGGACUCCUAUCUCAAACUAGGUAACAAAGAUACAGUAGCAUUACUCAAAGCCAAAGCCAAGUCUCCAACCAGUAACCAGUUUGGUCACCAUCAUAACAGUGUUGUUGAUUCAGCGGGUAAUUCCAUCGACACUUGUGUUUUGUUGACUAAUGCUUUUUACAUAUUCCUUACAUUGAUUCUAGUGGUUGUUAUUGCUGGUGCUAUUACGUUUGGGGUAAGGGAGUAUUACUUGUCAUUUAAGAACAAGGUUACUUCUUCAACUAGUGAAGUUAUCAAGUUGUGUAAUUGGAAUGACAAGGAACAGCCGCUGAAUGACGAAUCAGCGGUUCAAGAUACUUCAGCAGAUCAACCCAAGAGUGAUGAUGACGAUGGUGGGGGUCGUGGAGGUGGCGGCGGCGGUGGCGGUGGUGUUGGUGUUGGCGGUGCUGGAGGUGGUCCAUCGACUGGUACAUCCCCUCAUAUAGAAUCAGGCAUGACUCAAUUUGAAGAUAACAAAACCAAUAAUGAAAAUUCACAAUGGGAAUUCAACAAGUUUGAACCUAGCUCGUCAAUAGCUUUGAGUUCAGGAAACAAUAGACUACAUGUUAUUAUGAACAAUUCGAGUGGGUUUAGUGACAAGUCAAUCACAAAGUUCUUAAACAAGAAUUUACCCACAUCAACUCCCAAGAUUGUUUAUUCAUUCAAGCAGCUUCAAAACCUUAACAUAAAGACCAAUAACUUGUUCGGCGGAACCAAAAGAAAACAAAAGAUUCCCAUGACAAAGUUGUUAUCAUGCAACAUUACCAUUCCCCGAAUGACUUUUGACCAAGCAUGGAAGGCAACUAGAACUAUUUCAGAAGCGAAAGUUACCGUAUUGAAUUCAACUGAGGACAACGUUGAAAAGUCAUUGGCAUUAUUAAGGAUCCUAGCAGUUGGACAAUCUCAUAAUGAAUUGUUAGACAACCCCAAUGUCUACUUGGAAGUAUUCAAUGAUUGCAUUGAAGAGUUUGUGGAUAAUGGCAGGAUAUUCACCAUUUUCAGUGAUUGCAAUGCUUCAUUACAACGAUUGUUAAUGGAGAUGUUGUUGAGUUACUGCUGGUGUCAUUAUCGAUACUACGAAUAUCCGGAAAAGAGAAAGAUUAUUGAGUUACAUUUCCAAAAGUGGGAUUUAAACUAUCCACCGGUGAUUCAAACUAGAUGUACCAUUUUCAGACUAUUAUGUAAUUUACAAUUGGGCAUGUUUACGGUGUUGUAUGAAUCCCAGGAAGUUUGUGGUGAAAAUGACUUGAAAUUGGGGUUGGUUAUAAGAGAAUUGGCCAAACAUAGCUUGUGCAACGAUUUUAUUGGGUUUAUCCCCAUGUUAGCCCAGGCUAUCGACGUUACUAAUUUAGAAAGAAACCGCUGUUUCUUUUACGAGAUUUUAAAAGUUUUAGUGGCAAAACAUCAGAAAUGUUGCAUACCAGAGUACUUGCAAGACACUACCAUAGCUGAACUCAAAGCACUUAUACAAUUUGGACUUCAUCGAGAUCAACCCCUGGCCGCAAUUUCAGCAAAAUGCGAUGAAAUACUAAAUUUCUUGGUGCAACAGGACAAAAAGGUAGCUACUUGGAAAACCGAAGUUGCAACUACAAAUGUUAGUUCACCCAUUGCUCAAUCUUCGGGAUAUGGCGAGAAAUUCUUUACUGCCCCGUUAUACAAACUACACCAACUGGCUGUGCCACUACAUACCCAAGCUCCAUUACCAGUGCCACAACCAGCACAUACCCAAUCGGGAUCGGUACCUACUUCGAAUUCGUGGAAUUUUGGGGUAGUUUCCAAUGCCAAUUUCAUAGAUAGUGGUGGUGACAUACAGAGUGGGGAAUAA